UGAAAAAGAAUAGUUCGUUGGAGAGUGUAACAAGUGGGCGGGCGCUUUGCUUUAAUAUUGGUGUAUAAAGUAGGUAAAUAGUAUUAUUGGUAAAUUGUUGCACCAAAGAAGUGACGGAUUAAUCAAUGAAGAGGACUGCUGGACAUUUGAGCGGAUUUACCGGGAACAGAUCUUUGUUCUAAGUAAUGUUGGUUUGCCUUGUUAACUUGUAAAAGAACACAGAAGAGGCUAUGCUUCUUAAAGCGGAACGCAUGCAUUAAACGUCCAAAAGUUCGAGUGUCCAGUGUCAUGAAACUUAAUCCACAGCAAGCUCCAUUAUAUGGUGAGUGUCUCCUUACAGUGCAGCUGUGCGAUGAAGACCGCUUUGAGGAUGAGGAGGAUGUAGAGUUCUACCUGCUGUUCUCCGGCACCACACAGAGGCACCUCACCAGCACCCUGAGGAUCAGCCAUGUCACCCUGCAAGCCAUCUGCCCUGCCCACGACUGCUGCGAGUCGGUGCGGGUCACCCUGUGCCUGGCCAAGCCGGGACGUCCCGUGGACGCGGUGGCGGAGGAGGGGCUCCAGUUCGUGCAGGACCUGGCCUUCGACAUGGCCCAGUUCCUGGUGAGCACGGCCGGGCAGGACGACGGCCUGGAGGGCGCCAUGCUGCUGGACGAGUGUCAGAUCCCCGUGCGGGAGUGCGAGCGCCUGGAUGAGAGCCUGGCGCUGGCGCUGCGCCACCUCACCCUGCCCCAGGGCUGGAGCGUGCUGGGCACCAACCUGGGCAAGGACACAGCUCCCGCUCCCCAGGAGACGCUCCUGCACUUCGCGGCCCGGCGCGGGCUCCGGCGAGUGGCCGUCUUCCUGCUGCAGCAGCCGGGGGGCCGGGAGGCCCUGAGGGUCCCCGACAAGCAGGGCGCCAUCCCCGCCAGCGUCGCCAAGAGGAAGGGACACCGCCACCUCCAGCAGCUCCUCACGCCGGAGGAGAUCGCCCCGUGGACGACGACAGUACCGUCCCCGAAGGCCUCGGAAGGGCGUGUGGUCCGGCACCAUCCCAAGCUCAACACCUACACCCUGUCGGUGGCCACGACCCCGGGCAGCCCGCCACCCAGCCUGCAGGAGGACGUGGAGGAGCUGCGACAGCUGAUUCGCCGCCACUCUGAAAAGAAGGGAGCUCCCUCGACGCAGCCACAGACCGAACUCCAGGAGACGGGCCAGGAAUGUGGCGACAGCCUCGGAACUGUGACAGAACGAGCCGGUUUGGACCGGCUACAGCAGGACUGCCUUCACAUCGCAGAGCAGAGGCCUGAGGAAGAGGAGGCCCGGCACGUCGACCGGCCGAGCCAGACCGGCCCGGUUACCUCGGAGCCCCCCUCGGAGCCCCCCUCGGAGCCCCCCUCUGAGCCCCCCUCGGAGCCCCCCUCGGGCGAUGGCAGCGUCGGGGAGAGCGCGCCCCCCUGUCAGAACAGUGACGGAGAUCUCCAAAUCAGAGAGGAAGGGGGGGCGGAGCCCAGCUGCUGUCUCGCUCCUGUAGGGGAUUGUGGGAAAGCGUCAGAUAAAGGUGACGCGGCGCAGGGCGGGGGGAGCCCUGAUUUGAGCGCGCCGUCCUGCGAGGAGCGGCAGCAGGAAGCCGAUACAGCCGAGGCCCUAAUCAGCGCCGCGCAGGGGGCCCGCAGAGACAGCCAGGAAGGGGAGCGAGGCGAGGAGCGGGCGAGCGAGACCGCCGCGCAGACCGCCGGCAUGGGACACGCGCAGUCGCAGGAGCGCCCCGAGGAGGAGGAGGGGCGGGAGCGCGCUCAGGAAGCGGAACAGCACGGAGAGAAAGCGCCGGAAGCCCCGAGCGACGGGGAAAGGGAGAGAGGGUCGGAGAGCGAGCGGGCGCUUUUCGGAGAAGUCCUCGCGCAGAGCGGACGGGAGGACGGUAGGGAGAUGCAGGACGUCGAGGCCGGCCCCGAGCGUCCGUGCGACGCCGACCCCCGGCCGAUUCCCCGCGAGACGGAACCUAAAACGGACUCGGAAACGAAACGGGAUUGUUCUAGAGAAAACGAGGGGGACGGCAGCGAGGAGAACAGCACUGAGGCUCCUCAGGGUGGGCAGGUUGGCUGCGGGGAGCCUCAUUCCGGCGCUGUAGCAGAAACAGGAAAUGUGAGCGAUCGAGCCGACAGCAGCGCGGAGUCAGCUCUUACUGCGGGGGCGGAGCCUUCGCAGUCAGAAAGCGCAGAGGAAUGCCUCGCCCUGGCGCAGCAGGAGGGCAGCUUCGUGGACGUGGAUUCUCCCGAGCCCGAUACGGCGCCCCCUGCUGAUGACCGGACCGCCUGCACCCCACAGGAUUCAGUGGAGCCCAAGGAGGAGAAGCCCACACCCAGCGUGGAGGAGAGUGCUGUGGACACAUGUCAACAGGAGAGCCAGAGCUCUGCUGUCCAUUUGGAAUACACAGAACCAUCCGCCACUAAGAAUGACAUCACUUCCUCCUCCUGUCCCCAAGAGGCUGGUUCCUUAGAAGAAGGGGCCGGAAGAGGUGAUGUAAGUUCGGAGGAACUCGCUCCCUCUAGUGAGGAGGACCCCCUCCUGUCCAUCAGCAGCUCCAUGGCUGAGCCCUUCCCCCUGCCUGAGGUCUCCACGGUAACACCACCCACCCAGGAAGUUAAUUCUCUGGAAGAGGAGAAAAUAGCCGUGCCCUCACAAAUGGAUGAAUCCAUCACUCAUUCGGACUCUGCUUCCCACUCGGAAGGAACCAGCCAGGCCCAGCAGGAGGAAGAGGGUGGAGCUGCCGGGAUAGCAUCCAUUACCGAGCCCAACCUGCCAUCAUCAGCCAAUGAGGACGUGACAGGGGUGUUACUGCAGGAGUCUUCUCCAGGGCUACCCCAGGAGGAGCCCAAGAGUGAUGGAUUUGCAAGGGCCCUCGAGGGCCAGGGUGAACUGACUCAGGAGGGCGAGGAGCCUGAACUCAAACAGGAAACUCAGGACACUGCCCUGGAAUCAAACGGCUCUGACACAGAGCCAGCCACACCCUCCUGCCCUCAGGAAGCUGUGAUUCACUUCGAAGAACCACCCCUUCCAGAAACACACAUAGAGAAGGAGGAGGAGGAGGAGGAGGAGAAUGACCGGGCACUUGAGGAGAAAGGUGAUGGUCGGUCCACACCUGAACCCAGUCCUGAGGUCCCAGAGUCUGGGGUGACCGCUGAGACUGCCUCUGUAAACGGGGGAGAUUUGGGACCAGAGAGUCUCCCGGAAGCACCGGAACAAUCCACAGAGGACACCCCGGAGCAGGCGGCAGUCACGCCGAGCCUGGAGGCUGCGGUCGAGGAGAGGACGGAGAACACGGACGGAAAACUAGCCGCGGGUGAGGUCAUCGAUUCCUCCGCCGGCCGUGACGACAGCACGGAGGAUGACGUCACCGUCCUGGUGAGCGGUCUGGAGACGACACAGGAGGAGCCUGACCUGCGGAGCCCGACUGCACCUGUAAACUGUGACCCUGUGACCCCUGACCUGGCUGGGGUCAUCUCCCCCAAGGAUCUCACCCGCAACCUGACCCCGGCCCUGGAAAGAGUGGAGGAAGAGUCUGAGGAAUCAGGGGAGUGUAGGAGUCCGAGUGAAGACCUGCCUCACGCCACUGUUAUGAAAGAGGAGACCAAGGCCCUUCCAGCCGGAGACGACGUUGAUGGUCGGAGAGAAUCGGCUUCCGGAGAGGGGACGGGCCCAGGGGACAAGAUUAACAGAGAGAAGGACCCGUUCUACUCCAUCGAUCCCUGUGGAGAUCCCAGUCUUCUGGAGAAGAAGCCCAUCCCAGAGUGCCCUGAAUCCCCUCUGUCUCCGACACCUGGUAGAUCCGUAUCCACCACCCAGAGGGACUCUGGGAGUUAUGCCGAUGGCUUCUUCAGCCCAGACACGGGCGAGGACAGCGUGUUCAGGAAGGCUGAGGAGCCGGUGACGGGGGACAGCACCAGCGAGGUGUCUGUGUCCUGUUCCUCCACAGACGACGCGGCCAGCUUGGGCCCGCCCAGCUCCACCCCCGACAGCUACGCGGAAGCCGGCAGGAGGUGGAGCUCGGAGGAGGCACGGCAGCCGGGCGCCGCCGGCGAGGCCGAGGAGGAGAAGGACCGGCUGACGGAGGUGCCGGUGCGUGCGGGCAUCCUCCGCUCCUCCGGACGAUCCCUCUCUCCGUUCCGCCGACACAGCUGGGGCCCGGGCAAGAACCCCGGAGGAGAAGGGGAGAUGAACCAGCGCAGUUCAUUGCGAAGUCUGGGGGAAGGGAAGCCCACCUGUCAUAGGAGAAGUAUGAGCUGGUGUCCCUCGGAAGUCCCCCCCAGUCCUGACCCGGAUGAGAUUAGUAGCAGAAGUUACAGUCUGGAGGGCCUGGCGGCAGACAGGCAGGGCGGGAAGGAGUCCCCCCCUCAGGGGGCGUCGCCGCGGGACCCCCGGCGGAUACCGCGCCAGGAGAGCGAGGAGAGAGGCUCCCUGGUGUCCCUGACUGAGGAGGAGCAGGAGUCCGACCUGGGGGAGUGCAGCAGUCUGGACAGCCAGAUAUCAGGAGGAUUUCGCCCUGCCAGGCACAGCUGCAAGUCCAUGACCCUGCCCCUGCCCCUGACCCUGACCAAAUCAGUGUCCAUGGUGACCAUCAGCCAGAAGGAGCCCGACGCGAUGGGCCGGCCUCGACCAAAGAGACGAAUCUCCUUCUCCUUCAGCAUCUCUCCGAUCCUCCCCAAAUCUAAAACUGUCUUUUCUAUUGGCUCUUCAUCCAGUGAUGAGGAGGAGUCUUGCAGUAUGAGAUCAUUCUCCAGUGCCUCUUGUUCUUUGGGAUACAGCAUCUCUGAAGAGGACCCUGGCCCCUUAAGAAGUGACACUGAAGGGAAGGGAGUGACGAAGGUGAGCCGGACCUUCAGCUACCUCAAGAGCAAGAUGUACAAAAAGACCAAGGAAAAAGACAAAGACAGGAGCAAGGAUAAAGAGAAAGAGGCCAAGGAGAGAGAGAAACGGACCUUGAAUGGACAUCUUUUCAGCCCUGUACUCGCCACCCUCCCGGUUCAGUGCUGUCAGUGCAACAAAACUAUCAACACUAAGGAUGCCUCCUACUGCACGAUCUGCAACGCACAUGUUCAUAAGGGCUGUAGAGAAAUCCUACCUGCUUGUGCCAAGGUCAAAAUGAAGCAGCAGAAACAGCAGACUGUAGUAACAGACUCUGCCGCAAUGCCUGCUGUCACUUUGAGAAGCAAAAACACGCCAUCACGAGAGCGGCCUUGGUCCGUCAUCUCGGCCCCCGACGAACCCGCCUUGGCGAUAGGGCCUCGCAGGCACACCAUAAUGCCCUUCAACAGCAGCAAUCUGUCCAAGAGCAUGUCAAUCAGCAACAUCGCAGGCCCGGUGUUCGACGAGAUGCCGCUGAAGGGCCUGAGGUACCUCUCCCAGUCCACCGAUUCGCUGCACAAGACCAGCAAGGUCAACGAGUCCACCGAGUCCCUGACCGACGAAGGGACAGAAAUGAUGGACAGUCAGCUGAUGGGCGAGUUUGAAGCCGACUCCAAGGAUCUGGAGGCGGACUCCUGGAGCUUCGGCCAGGACAAGAAGUUCCUUAAGCAACUCAAAAAGGACAUCAUCAAGAGACAGGAUGUCAUCUAUGAGCUGAUCCAGACGGAGAUGCACCACGUGCGCACGCUGAAGAUCAUGUCGGACGUCUACAGCAAGGGGCUCCUGAAGGAGGUGCAGCUGGAGGCGCAGACGGCGGAGCGGGUGUUCCCCGUCCUGGACGACCUCCUGGACCUCCACACCGGCUUCUUCAGCCACAUGCUGGAGAGGAAGAGGGAGGCCCAGCAGGAGGUGAAGGACAGGGGCUACGUCAUCCACAAGAUCGGGGACGUCCUCCUCACGCAGUUCUCCGGCUCCAACGCAGAGCGCAUGAAGAAGGUCUACGGCAAGUUCUGCAGCCGCCAUAACGAGGCGGUCAACUUCUACAAGGAGCUGCACACCAAAGACAAGCGCUUCCAGGCUUUCAUUAAGAGGAAGAUGAGCAGCACUAUCGUUCGAAGGCUAGGCAUCCCGGAGUGUAUAUUACUGGUGACGCAGCGGAUAACCAAGUACCCCGUGCUUCUGCAGAGAAUCCUGCAGCACACCAAAGAGAACGAGGAGGACCACCGGGGCGUGACGGAGGCGCUGCGGCUGGUGAAGGAGGUGAUCGCGGCGGUGGACAGCAAGGUGAACGAGCACGAGAAGAAGCGGCGUCUGAAGGAGGUGUACAGCCGCACGGACAGCAAGUCCAUCAUGCGCAUGAAGAGCGGCCAGAUGUUCGCCCGCGAGGACCUGAUGCGCGGCCGCAAGCUGCUCCACGACGGCCCGCUGCUGCUCAAGAACUCCACGGGCCGGCUGAAGGAGGUCCAGGCUCUACUCCUCUCCGACAUCUUUGUGUUUCUUCAGGAAAAAGACCAGAAAUACGUGUUUGCUUCACUGGACCAGCGGUCCACGGUCAUCUCCCUGCAGAAGCUGAUCGUGCGGGAGGUGGCCAACGAGGAGAAGGGCCUGUUCCUCAUCACGGCCAGCGACGAGAAGCCCGAGAUGGUGGAGGUGCACGCCAGCUCCAAGGAGGAGCGCAACACGUGGAUGCAGCGCAUACAGGACACCAUGCAGUCCAUAGAGAAGGACGAUGACGAGGGGAUUCCCAGCGAGACGGAGGAAGAUAAGAGGCUAGUGGAGACUAAAGCAAAGGAGAUGAGAGAACUGCUGCGGAAGAAGGACGAGCAGAUUGUGGCCCUCCUGGAGGAGAAGGUGAAGCUGUUUCGGGACAUGUGCGACUGCGGGACGGGCGAGGACGCCAGCCCCGUGUUCCGCACGCUGUUCAGGGCCACCGCCGACGACAUGCCCAAGGGGGAGCCCGUCAUGAAGGACGCCCUGAAGGAGGUGGAGACGCUGCAGAGCUUGGUGAACGGCAGUUUGGGCGGGGCCAUGGGGCAGCUGGAGUCGGCCAGCGGCCGGGCGGUGUGCCCCCGCAGGCCUGAGACCUUUGGCCUCGACAGCCCAUACUCUCCAAGAGCUGAGAAGCCUCCGCUCGCCCGCCCCGCACGCCCUGACCUUCCCUCGCGCGCUAACGCCCUGACCUUCCCCCGCGCGCUAACGCCCUGUCCUUUCCCCGCAGACGGGGAGAAAGACGAGGGGGAGGAUUCGCCCGACCUCCGGAGGACCGAGUCGGACAGCGUGCUGAAGAAGGGCGGGAACGCCAAUCUGCUGAUGCUGCUCAAGAGGAACAGCGAGCAAGUCCUGCACAGUGUGACCCACCUCCACGACCUGCUGAACACGCUGCAGGCGGUGGUGGUGCAGCAGGACUCCUUCAUCGAGGACCAGCGGCAGGCGCUGAGCGAGCGGCCGGCCUCGCGGCCCUCCUCGCGGCCCAGCUCCCUCAUCGAGCAGGAGAAGCAGCGCAGCCUGGAGAAGCAGCGGCAGGAGGCGGCCAACCUGCAGCGGCAGCAGGCCGCCCACGCCGACGAGCGCCGGCGGCGGGAGCGGGAGUGGGACGCCCGCGAGCAGGCCCUGGGCGACCGGGAGACGCUGCUCGCCGCGCAGGAGGAGGAGGCGCGCAGGAGGCGCGGGGAGCUGGACGACGAGCGCCAGGAGCUGCAGGCCCGGAAGGAGGAGUACCAGCGGGACCUGGAGCGGCUGAGGGACGCGCAGCGGAAGCUGGAGCGGGACAGGGAGCAGGUCCGCCGCGAGGUGGAGAGGCUAGAGCUGGCUGAGGAGAAACAGAUGCACAGGACGCCGUCCACCACGUCAGAGGACUCUUUGCUCUUUCUGAGCAGUAGCUCACUGGACAGAGACGUGGGGGAGUGUGAACUGUCCUCCUCCCUCAGGAAAGACUCGCUGAGCAAGCUGGACUCGAAGCGCAAAGGGAAGAACUUUAUGCCCUUUGGCUCCAACGCAAGCCAGAAGGCCUCGAGCAGCGAGGGCCAGAACCAGCUCCCCAACCGGCUGAUGCAGCUGGCCAAGACCAAGGACAAGAAGGAGAAGAAGAAGAAGAAGGGUAAAGGACAGCAGCCACAGCCCCCAGAGUCACCUCACCUUCCUGAUCAGCCUGCGGGUGGGGAGAUAUACUUCUGCUGACCUGCUUCGGUCCUCCGCUAUCCCACAAUUCUCCGCUGUCAAAACAAAUGCACCAGCUGAAUGUAAGGUCGAGCGCGUGUCGCUGUGUGGGCCCCACGCGCGUGUGGGCAGGCUCCUGGGGGGGCGGGGUGGGAGUGACGCCCCUGUCACCCGACCUUCCGUGGCCUCCGGGAGCCGUCGUCACCUGUGGACUCCUCCGUCAUGGAAUGCCUGCGUGCUACUCUCCCAUAAGCUUCCUCUGAAGAGACUUAAACCAACAAAGAUGUCUGACAUUUCUGUUCUGUAUACGCAUCAACGUGCAAAGGUGAACGCUUCUCUGCAUGUGGCACGAAGUUAGGGUAAAGAAAGAGUACGUUGCGCUGAUCAAAGGAUUCUGCAGUUACACAGUUCAUGAAGUAAAACAAAACAAUGUUUUGUGUAAGGGAGGGUUUGCAAACCCAGUCUCAUCUGAGCUCAUAACUAUACCAGUCAGGACUGUGAAGUCGAAGAGCUGGAUAGACGAAUGGCUGCAAAUGUUUCGUUUCACAGCAUAUUGUUUCACAAAUGAAGAUGCUAACUGUAAACACGCUAUUCAAAGAAGUGUACACCCUUCCUAUAAUGCAGUUGUUAGAGUGAACAACCCUUCUGAAAGGGCUAUUUCCUGCCUGUGGUUUUUGUGUAACUGUGUGUCUUCAUAUUUUGUAAAACGUGUUUUUCUUACUUUCUUAAGAGGAGUUUAAAUAUUUCUGAUUUAUUUUUACAUCAGUUGGUUAAAAAGGACUUUUUCUGGGUUCCUCCAAGGGUUAAAGGUCAUUGCUCUUUACACUUCUGCUACUGUACGCAGUACAGUGAGAGAGUCACACACAUGCAAGUUAACAGGAGGCACGUCUCCAUUACACACACCCAGAGAGAUCUGCAGGGACACCGAGAGAUGGAGACAGAGGGAUAGAGAGUGAGAAAUAGAAGAGAGAUUACGAGAAAGAGAGCGAGAGACAGAAAGAGGCAUGGGCUUGAUUCUUUUGCUGUGUGGUACAUCAAGCGACUUCACAGAUAAAAGUGAGCCAGGGCUCCAUUACAGACCUUCAGAGAGAUGCUGAGACACAGGUAGAGCCAUGCAGAAAGAUACAGACGGAAAGACAAACAUGAGCAAUGACAGACAGACGGAAAGAGACAGAGACAGACGGACAGAGAGAGGCGGGUAGGUGGAGCUAAACUGUCCCUUUUCUACACACGGGGGCCAAUUUGGUCUCAAAUGGAGGGCAGUGAUGUACACUGAAUGGGAACCCAGAGGUUUAGGUGUCUGCACAGACAGUGGGAACGCAGUUUUUAAAGCCAGAGGUUCAGACGCCUGCACAGGCGGUGGGAAUGCAAUGUUUAAAGCCUCAGUUGUGAGUCCUGUACAGAGAGUUCCUAACCCUUCCACCUUAUGUUUUUAAAUAUGUGUCUGAAGUUAAUUACUUCCUCGUAGCACAAUUAACAGUUGAAUGUUAUAUCCAUCUGUUGAAAAAGAUGGAAGUUUGAAAGCAGAGACACCAUUUAGGAUGCAUACAUGUUUCCCCCCUUCUACAUCAAUUAGUGUAUGAAAGCCUUUCCACUGCAAUCAUCUCACAACAAAUUUAACAUGGUUUGAGGCUGCAGAGCACUUUAAAAGGACACUCUGUUACAAAUGAUGGUAAUUCUUGCUUUAAUAUAGACAAUCAGGUAAUUAGAUUGGAGUGUAAUAAUUAUCUUUCUUUAAAAGGGGGACUGUUAUGACUUAAAAUGGAGUAGCAGUUAUUUUGUAUCAUGUGAAUCUUUUUUCAAAAAUAUAUUUGAUCCAGACACUCACAUUUCAAUUUGGAUUGUUUUAGUUUGCCUGGUACUUUGAUUGUUACAAUUAUUUUUGCUAUUGCAUUAUUUGCAAUACUGGAACCUACCACAUGGGGGCAAUACAACUCUUUAAAAAUAAGGGAAUAACAAUUUGAUGUCUGUUUUAUUCCAAUUGAAACGUGUGAUCUACUCAAAUUAUUUAUAAAAAUUGCAGAUGUGUCUUUUGUGAGGUUUUUAUUUCAAAUUUGUCUUUUUUAUGACCCAGUUCUCAAACUUAUCAUGUCAUCCAGCAACCCAGCUGUUUAACCAAAUCACUCUACUGUCCUCAUUCAUCAUGGUUUCUUCUGAACUAAUGGCAACUGUUCAUCAAAGCAAAACUAACUUUAAUGCACUUCUUACAGUCUGUGCUGUUUCUUUUUUUCUGAAAUCAUAAAGUUCAUUUUAUGUCCCUGGAUUUCACUGAUUCACCUUAUUUUCUCCCGCUUGGAAUACGGGAGAUUUUUACUGUAUAAUUUACUGUGGCCGUAAAAAAGCCCAUUUGCCCAGUAUUUGAGCUGCUGAGGCAUUUGUUCUGUUAAAAGAAUGGAAUUAAAGUGCAGCAUGUCAUCCCCUCCUCUACUGUGUGUUUUCAGCCUGAAAUGUGGUGCUGACUCCACUCUGAGUCCUUUGCCUUGGUUAAUGUUCAGUCAUUCUGCCUUGCUUUAACCCCCAGAGGGUGAUGCUCGCCCCUCAGAUUCCCUCUCCCACAGUGGCGUAACAAUCGAAGGGAAUCUCCACAUUCUCUCUGCGGGGAAUACAUUUCUCUGUUAUGCGUAUUCAGAGAUCACCACAUGUACUAAGAAAGAGAACACGGUCUUCCUACGUUUGUAACUGAGCAAAGAGAAGCGUAUAGUAAAGAUUGUCAUGACUGGUAUGAUAUUACUGGAUCUUAAAAGAAGAUAAAAUAUUUAUGUUUUGCCUUAAUAACCUGUUCUCCUUUGAAAUCCCCGGGCCUGCCACGCACCUGCCCAAUAGCGUUGAACCUUAGUCUUAAAGGCCAAUCUGUUAAACAUGCCCGGAAAAGAAUCUUUUUCAAGUGUAUGUUUAGGAUUUAUUUGUCAGACAGUUGUAUUCUUAAAAAUACAAGGAAGAAAAAAAGCAAAUGGACCUUACGUAGCCUUAUUCUAAUGAUGAAAUGCACUAGACCGUUAGCCAGCUUGUCUCAGGAUCACUCAAUAGGUUUCAUACCUCUGCUUUCAAAGUAAAGAAUUUGUUUGUACUAAGGGUACAGUUUUAUUGUCUUGCUGAUUUCUGUAUAAAAAAGGGCAAAACAACUAUUAUGUAAAUAUCAUUCAUGUAAAAAAAAUUUGAAAUGUAAAAGUAUUAAUUUUUUUUUUGUGAUUCAUUUCAGCUUUUUAUAUAAUGAGGCUUUAUUUAUCUGUGUUCUCCGCAUUGUGGAGGUAUAAAAUGUAAAGUCGUUUUUUCCCCUCAUAAUAAAUAACUAUUAUUGAAAGUCA